AUGUAUACUCUCUCAGCAGGGCUAUGGGAGAAGCUGUUCAAGAAGAAAAACUACUACAUUGUCAUCGUCGGCUUGGAUAACGUGGGAAAAACGACCUUUCUUGAGCAGACGAAGUCUCGCUUUGUGAAGGGUUAUGGUGCUCUGAAUCCUGCGCGAAUUACGAGUACUGUCGGACUUAACAUUGGUAAAGUUGAAAUCAACAACACCUGUUUGUAUUUUUGGGAUCUUGGUGGACAGGAGGACCUGCGAACAUUGUGGAGCAGUUACUACGACGAGGCUAAUGCAUUAAUUUUUGUGGUCGAUGCUACCAGGAGCGAUUUGUUUCAGGAAGUCGCUAGCGUGUUUAAAGAGGUCAUGUCGAAUGAGUAUGUUCGAACCAUGCCCGUCCUUGUUGCAGUAAACAAAAGUGAGAUCGAAGGAGCAGCACCAGCAGCAGAGGUGCGUCGUAUUCUAUACGAUGAUCAACACAUGGGUGAUUUGGCUGUGUUGCCUGUGUCUGCUCUAGAAGGUACAAAUAUCGAUAGAUGUGUUCGAUGGAUCGUCCGAACACUAGCCAGUCAACCACUUUAUCUAUGA